AUGCAUAUUUUUCGUAUAUCGGUGCCGCUCAUGUGCCUCUUCUACCACUUUAUCUUAGUCAUCAUCUCCUUUGCCAACUACAUCGUCUUUGUGCGACUGCAGAGCACUUCUCGAGCGCUGCGUGAUGCCUAUCUCGCCUUUUGCGUGGUCGAGACGGUAGCCUAUGGCGCCUGUGCUGGACCGCUGUUUGUAUACUCGUACAAGUACGGUAAGACCUCCACCUCCCGCAUCGGUCGCCUUCUCUGCGGCAUCGUUGUUAUGUUUCUGCUGGCUUCACUCCCCAUGACGAUUAUUGAGAUGACUCUGUUCUUGUCGUUUGAUUUAGAGCUCCGUCAUGCCUUGGAUGGAACAGUUUUCUUCUUGCAUGCCAUCGCAGCGGCUUUUGGUGGCUUCAUCUCUUGGUUUGCCUACAUGCGUGUUGUGGCACGCUUCCUCCAACGCUGGCGAGGACCGGAGCGGCAGAUCCCCGACGACUCGGAGAUUCCACCCACCACAGAUGUUCAGCUGCAUCUAGUCAAGCGCUCCCAGUGGCAACCGGAAACGAUUUAG